AUGGCCGCGGGCGUCGCCCCGCCGCGCCUCCCGCCCCCCCACCUUCGCCGCGCUCGACGCUCCAGGUUCCCGCCGCUGCCUCUGGGCCUGGCUCCAGAGCGCGCCGCCGCCCUGGGCCGCCAGCCGGGCCCCUCCCGUGCGCACUUGGACUCGGGCUGCGGGCCAGGCUCCCGUUACACACGGGCCAGACCACCCACAGCCCGGCUGCCGCGGGCCGCCUCCUCCAGACUGACUGCCAGGCCUGCAGCGCGCCGCCCGGACACCCGCGCUGCCACCGCGGUCCACCGCGCGCCCUCGACGGCCUGGGGCCCCAGCGAUGUGGGCUCCCCCAAGAAGUGUCUGAGCCGGCCGCGGCCCCUGGGCAGUGACUCCAGCAGCUCGCCACCCACCGCGCCCCCCCCCCGGAGGGGCGGGCCGGCCUCUCACCUGCGGCGGGACCCGUCGCCCCCUCCUCCCAGAGACCUCUUCUGCUCCUGCCAGAUGGCGGCCAGGUCCCAGGGGUGCCUGGCAGCCAGAUCCAGCCGCUCGUUUUCUUUCUCCCAUGGAACUGUUCGUUUUGCCCAGAACCCAGUUCUCUUCUCAGUUUGCAUUAUUUUCUUAGGUGUUUUUUGGUCAGCAUUAUAACUCUGGCAUUCUUUUUUUUUU